AUGCCUCUGGUAGAUUACGAUUCGUCUUCUGCGUCAGAAUCAGAGCAUGAAAAUCAAAAAUCCAACAAGAAUGGCAUCAUCGAAGAUUCAAAGGUGAAGCGCCUAGGAAAGGAAGUAGCUUGGGCUCGUCCUUCGAAAAGACCAAAGAAGCUACCUUCUCUCCCCGAAACUUUUGAGACAGCUCCAAAAGACGACCCAUCGCUACAUCAAGGUCGACGACGUACUCGACCAUACGUAGAUGGGGAUUACAAUACUCACGUCUACUUAUCUCUCAAACCAUCAUCUGGUCUUCGAGCGGUACUAGAAGAAAUACUAAGAAGUAUUCAAGAUGAACUACCGAAUCAUACGAUUCAUUCCCUCUUGUCCUCUUUACAUAUCUCCCUGACCCAUCCAUUGCCUCUUCGAAGAGAUCAGAUCUUACCGUUCCGCAAUUCCCUGGCUGGCCGAUUGAAGACACUGAACAAGUUCAAGUUGAGUUUCGCAAGUGAGAUGAAAAUCUAUUAUAAUCGCCUUAGUGGGGGUGAAGAAGGAAGUGGUGGAAGAGCUUUUUUAGCUCUGCGUGUAGGAGCCGGCGCGAAGGAAAUUGAGGGGAUACUGGAUAAAGUGAUUCAUCCUUCAUUGGAUAUUCAUCAUUUACCGAAAUAUCAUGAAGAUCCAGAAUUUCAUACUUCCUUCGGAUGGACAUUGAUCAAUCAGAAAGAGGACGAAGGCGAUGGAGAGGUCAAGGGCGAAGAUACACCUGGUCUUUCUUCUGAUCGUAUCACAAAAAACCAGAGUACUUCCGACUCAUCGAGCGUAUCGAAUUUCCAGCACACGCCAUUCUCAAGCGAUCUCUUCGAACGUAUCAACACCAAAUACCAAGAUGUUAUAUUACAGAAACAACCUAAAGGCGGCUGGGAAGUCGAUAACGUACAUCUCAGAGUAUCUAAAGAAGUGCAUGUGCUAGGUCUACGUCCAGAUAAAAUGUUGUAA